AUGCCGAAGACCAAUUGCUUCUCCACGGAAUAUGCCAAAUCCAGCAUGAGCACUUGUCGGGUUUGCAUGGCGAAGAUCGUGAAGGACUCGUUGCGCGUGGGCCAUAGUCAGCUAGAGGCCGAGAAUGACCUCACCAUGGCCGGGAAGGAGGUGGAUGAGCGCAUGAUGGCCAUGGCCGGGGCCGUUCGCUGGCAUCAUUUCGAGUGUUUCCCGCGAAUGAAGGGAGCCAAGUGGAUGGCCACCAAUCUUCCUGCCUCGCCUGAGAAACUGGAUGGCUACAAGGACCUCAAGAAAGCUGACCAAAAGAAGCUCCUGAGCCUGUGGAAAGGCAUGCAAGGUUUGCUGGGCGACAAGGAAAGCAAGGGAAGCAAGCGCAAGGCCGAGGCAGAUGCGCCCGGCAAGAGCAAGGCUCUGAAGCGCCCAGCCGCGGCAACAAGCUCAACAAGCCUUAGCAAGCUCACCUCGGUUCAGGGCGUCCUGACGCCAGCGCAGUUUAAAAAGGUGCAGGCGCUGGAGGCGCAGCUGAGUUCCUGCACUACUGCCACACUCAUUGCUGAGCUCCAGAAGAACGAUCAGACCCGAACCGGCAAGAAGGAGGAGUUGGUCUCUCGCGUGGCAGAAGGGCGGGUGCUCGGCUCCUUGCCAUCUUGCCCACGCUGCAAGCAUGGGCAAGUGCACUGGAGCCGCCUGGGGGGCUGGUUCAGUUGCCCCGGAUACUUCGACAAGGAGGAGCGACAGCAGAAGCGCUGCUUCUGGCGCUCCCAGGAGCUGAAGCGAAAAUCUUGGAAGCGGGCGUAG